UUUUUUUUUGAUUAGGUGAAAAGUUUUUAGUUUAAGUUAAACUUUAGCCAAAUUAUACUAAUUUAUUAGAGAAAUGAGGCCUAUGUUUGCCUUAUUACUGUUGGCGCUACUUUGCGCCACAGUUGCCAACGUUAAUUCGAAUGGCCAAGACGAGGAUGAUGCCGACAAUGACUUUGCUGAGUUCGAUGAAGACUUUGCUGAGGCUCACUAUGACACGAUGACCGCCGAGAAUGCUGACAGCUCCAAGGAAAAGGUGGAGACACAAAAACCGCGCGUUGUGGAAAGCGACGAGGAUGACGAUGGGCUGGUGGAGAACGAAGAUGAGUUUGAACAUUUCCAGGACGAAGAGGAGUUCGAGGGCUAUGAUGCCACGGACGCCAAGGAGCCAGCUGUAGAUCCCAAGGCAGUGCCCAAGCUAACUAUACCGAAUAUACCGCUGCACUUCCGCACACACUGGGAUUCGUACUGGAUGGAAAUGCUCAUGGUGGCCGGACUCAUGGCAUACUUUGCCAAUUUCUUUGCAGGCAAAGCAAAGAAUGCGCGUCUGGCGCAGCUUUGGUUUAGCACACACAAAGCGCUGCUGGAUGAGAACUUUGCUCUAGUUGGUGACGAUGGCAAGACGGAGAAUGAAAAUCCUGGGCUGAAUAAAGAGAGCGAAAGUCUGUAUACGCUCUGGUGCUCUGGCCGCACUUGCUGCGAGGGCAUGCUGGUGGAGCUGAAGAUGAUCAAGCGACAGGAUUUGGUGUCACUGGUAGCCGGACUAAUGCGUCCACAACUGGAUCAGGCUCAGAUCAAAAUCGAACUAACACGCAAUGUAAUGGACUCGUUUGUAUUUGCUGUGGGCAGCAAGAAAACCAUAACCAAGGUGUUUAAGGAGUAUACAGAUUUGAACAAAUUCUGUAGUCUAGUCAGCAAGCCAGAGGAACGCUACAAUGUGCCAAACGGCUUUGGCGUGCUUUCGGAAAUACCGGAGGGCACGUCCGCCAUACUCGAGUCACGUGUUAUUACUGCACUGAAUAAAUACCAAAGCUAUAUCGAUUACCUGCACAUUUCCGAUCAGUUCAGCGGCCCCAUACAACAGGAGGAGGGCAAUAAUCUUAAGCAGCCCGAGACGAAGGCUGUGCUGCUUGCCGGCUUCAAUCUGCCCAAGCAUGCUGAAAUGGAAACCGUUAAGCCGUUGUUAUUGUUAAUCUUUUACUUGAUGGAGCGCUUGAAGACUUACCGCAUGUCCAAGGAGGGCAAAGCCAAGGCGGAUAAGAAUCGUUUGCGCGUCGAGGAGGAGUUCUUGAAGAGCACGCAUGCUGCUCGCGCCGAGGCAGCGGCUCAGCGUCGCGAGGACAAGCGCAAGCAGGAGAAGGAGCGUGUGCUGGCCGAGGAAGAUCCAGAGAAGCAGCGCCGCUGGGAGCUCAAGGAGCAGAAGCGUCAGGCCAAGAAGAAUGCGCCCAAGAUGAAGCGCUUGGCAGUCAAAUCUUUGUAAACUCGUUGCCAUGUAACGACGCUGCAAGCUCCCCAAGGCUUGCGCUUAAAUUUUGUCGUUUUUGAAGCAAUAAAGUAUUUGUAAGCGUGAGAACAAACGCUGAGAAAAUUGAAAA